AAACAAGACCUACUUCUGUGGACUUCAUAGCUGGUGAUGGCUACAUGUUAAUGCUUUUCCCAGAAGCUCCAUAACUGAAAAAUAAUUUUGUGGAAGAGACAUUGUGUUGAAGUGAUGAACUGGAAAUUCAAGAUUUUAUCCAUGUUUUAGUUGACUUUGACUAGUGCUCCAUGAUAGAAAAAAUAGAAUUUGUGAGUUGAAAAUAUUAACUUUUAACAUUUUAAGAGUGACUUUAUGCUGGAUUUCAGAGUGGUUUUUGAGGUUACUUUGUUAAUGAGAAAAAUACUUACAAAAAGUGAAGAAAUCAAGUCAUCUUGCAAGAUAAUCACGUUAUUAACCCUGGAUAAGAAAUAAAAGAGGUUCAAGAACGAUAGCAUUGAGAGUGAACCAUUUGGCCAGGUUUUCAGGAUGCAGGUUGAAGAGCUAAUGGAUGGCCACCCAGUGCCAGUCCUCAUUUUGAAUGAGGAAACAGAUACCUUUGAGUUAGAUGAGGAAGCUUUAGAAGAAGUUCUACUGAAUCCUAGGAUUGCUGACAAAUAUGUGUGUGUCCUUGCUGUUGCUGGAGCCUUCAGAAAAGGCAAAUCCUUUCUUCUUGAUUUUCUUCUUCGAUAUAUGACUGCACAGCAAGCAGAUAAUUGGUUAGGAGAUUAUGAGAUACCACUGAAGGGCUUCAAGUGGCGACAGGGAGCUCGGCGAGAGACUACAGGAGUUCUCAUUUGGAGUGAACCUUUUAUAGUCAAGAAGUGGACAGGUGAAGAGAUUGCUGUCAUUUUAAUGGAUACCCAAGGUACCUUUGACAUCCAGUCAUCAAUGAAAGACUCCACUAUUGUUUUUGCAUUGACAACAAUGGUUUCAUCUGUUCUUGUAUACAACUUGAUGAACAAUAUUCAAGAAGAUGACUUGAUGAAUCUUCAACUUUUUACAUCAUAUGGAAUGCUUGCCCAAGAGGAAUGUGAUGCAGAUGCCACUCACCCAUUCCAGAGGCUGCAUUUUUUAGUACGAGAUUGGGGAUUCCCAUAUGAAGUUCCCUAUGGAUAUCUUGGGGGUCAGCAGUUGCUGGAUGAAAUUCUUAUGGUGAAAGAAAAGCAGCAUCCAGCACACCAAGAAGUUCGUCGUGAUCUACGGAAGUGCUUUAGAGAUAUAAAUUGCUAUUUGAUGCCUCAUCCUGGCUUUAAAGUCAUCCAGAAGGCAGACUUUGAUGGCAGAUUAGCAGACAUAGAAGAGGAAUUUGUCAAUCACCUGAAGGUUCUCGUGCCACGAUUGCUUGCCCCGGAAAACUUGGUGAAGAAAGAAAUUGGUGGGCAGCCUAUCAAAGCUCGCGACCUCUUGAAGUUCUUCACCCUUUUCAUGGAGGUUUUUAAGGACAAUGACCUCCCAGAGCCAACGACGCUUGUUGAGUUUGCUGCUCGGGCUAGCAGCCAGGCAGCCCUUGAGGCAGGCAAGGAAGUUUAUGUGGAGGUAAUGGAAGCCCUAGUUGGUGGAGACAGGCCUUUCCUCAAGACAGCCCAGAUGGAAGCAGAGCACAACAAGGCAAAAGAUCGGGCAUUCAAGACUUACCUUGAAAAGAACAAAUAUGGUAGAAAAAAUCAAAGUGUUGUUGAGAGGUAUCAAGGUGCACUAACAGAGGAGAUUGAAAAGAUGUUCCUCAAAUACUCACAACAGAAUGAAGCCAAAAAUGUUUUCAAGGCAGCUAGAACUCCAGCAACCCUGUUUUGCAUCCUUAUGUUCUUCUACCUUAUGUCUGGAGUUUUUGGACUCCUUGGCAUGUAUUCUUUUGCCAGUAUGUGCAAUCUAGGCAUGGGAGUCUUUCUAUUAAUGCUCACUGCUUGGGCCUAUGUAAGAUACAGUGGGGAAUACAGAGAUGCUGGCAUGUACAUCGAUGAAGUGGCUUCAUUUUUGUGGGAAAAUGUUAUACGCCCUGUUUACCAUACAUACAUGGAAAAGUAUUUGAAGGUGCAGCCGAACAAGCGGCACAGCAAGCAAUAUCCAGUACACUUGCUAAUGGGAAGAUCAAGGCAUCGUGAUCCCACCUUGGUGUUUACUGCUGUUCCAGGGAAUAAAACUUGUUAUUAUAUGUAAAAGUUUUGUUUUCCAAUAAAAUUUCAUUUUUAUAUGGAAGGAUGUUGAGGUUUUCAAAGUCUUGAUAUUGAAAUAUUUUGUGACAGGUAGUUGAAAAUCGUUUUUGAUAUUAGAAUUGUCAGCUUUUUAUGUUAACCAUGAGUCUGUUGGUGUUUUAUUUGUGUUACUUUUGCAAGAUUUUGUUCCCUCCAUACAUUACGUAGAAGCCUUUUUCAUACAUUUUAGCUGUGAUACAUUUGCUGUAUAAAGUAAACAUUUUUACUCUGAAAUUUUGUAUCUUUCUAAAGGAAAUUGAAAGUAAGUUAUUGUUUCUCCAAUAAGUUAUUUGUAAUAAAGCGCUUGCAGAUGUAUGGAAAGGUAGAAGAGAUGUGAGUAUUAAAAUGGUGAGAGGAUUGAACAAAAUCUUGGGUGAAUGAUCUGUAGGUUAGACUUUCAUAUUGAACUUUGUAUUAUUUUAUCUCGUAUGCCAUCCUUAUAUUGAAUGUUUUUACUAGUUUGUAUAAAAAAUAUUAUUUGUUAGGUAUCAUGUAUUGGACUAAUAUAUCAGUCUUGUUUUUGAAGUGCCAAAUAUAUUGCUUAUAGUUCAAAGGUUUAUUUUUGGUGGGUUGGCUGUAUUUACAGUUUGGUGUAGAAAUUUCUUGCCAGCUUUAUUAAUUUAUUGGUAGCAAGUCUUUAUAUGAUAGCUUAUUAGUCUUCUGACAGUAUACAUGGAAGGAAUGAACUAAAGUUUUAGCAGUGGUUUACAGGUGAAUAUGCCACUUGACUCACGAUAAUACAACUGCUUUCAAGUUUGGUAAAUACAACAGAAGAAUGUCCUUGGUGUAGAAGACGGUUAUAUUUUCACAUUUUAAGAUGUCACAUAAACAAAAAAUUUUUUGGCACGAACUUUCUUUCUCAUCUAGUGAAUAAAUUUUAAAUUAACUUAA